CGGCUAAGACUCCAGGCUGCACGGAAUUAAGUUUAUUGUUAUUUUUUUCAAUCCCCUCCGCAGCAAGCCGCUUAAGCAGCCACGGAUACAGCCGAUCGCCUGGCAGCAGCGGCAGCGGUGUUGGGAGGAUUUCGCUGGGACCUGGAAUCGUAUCCUCCAGUAUUUUUUCAGACUCCUUGGAAAUUAAGGAAUGCAAUUCUGCCACCAUGAUGGAAGGAUUGAAAAAACGUACAAGGAAGGCCUUUGGGAUACGGAAGAAAGAAAAGGACACUGAUUCUACAGGUUCACCCGAUAGAGAUGGAAUUCAGCCCAGCCCACAUGAACCACCCUACAAUAACAAAGCAGAGUGUGCGCGUGAAGGAGGAAAAAAAGUUUCGAAGAAAAGCAAUGGGGCACCAAAUGGAUUUUAUGCAGAAAUUGAUUGGGAAAGAUACAACUCACCCGAGCUGGAUGAAGAAGGCUACAGCAUCAGACCCGAGGAACCCGGCUCUACCAAAGGAAAGCACUUUUAUUCUUCAAGUGAAUCAGAAGAGGAAGAAGAAUCACACAAGAAAUUUAAUAUCAAGAUUAAGCCACUGCAAUCUAAAGACAUUCUUAAGAACGCUGCAACUGUAGAUGAACUGAAGGCAUCGAUAGGCAACAUUGCACUUUCCCCAUCACCAGUGGGUGCAAUUAAAAGGAACUUAUCCAGUGAAGAAGUGGCCAGACCCAGGCGUUCCACGCCGACACCAGAACUCAUGAGCAAAAAACCUCCAGAUGACACUAUGGCCUUAGCUCCCCUCUUUGGCCCACCAUUAGAAUCAGCUUUUGAUGAACAGAAGACAGAAGUUCCUUUAGAUCAGCCUGAGAUAUGGGGUUCAGGCCAACCAGUUAAUCCAAGCAUGGAGUCGCCAAAGUUAACAAGGCCUUUUCCCACUGGAACACCUCCUCCACUGCCUCCAAAAAAUGUACCAGCCACCCCACCCCGAACAGGCUCCCCCCUCACAGUUGGACCAGGUGCAUCGUCCCCUGCUCGGCCAGCCACUCCCUUGGUCCCUUGCAGCAGCACCACCCCGCCACCACCUCCUCCCCGGCCUCCAUCUCGGCCAAAGCUACCUCCAGGAAAACCUGGAGUUGGAGAUGUGCCCAGACCUUUUAGCCCUCCCAUCCAUUCCUCCAGCCCUCCUCCAAUAGCACCCCUAGCGCGGGCUGAAAGCACUUCUUCAAUAUCGUCCACCAAUUCCCUGAGUGCAGCCACCACUCCCACAGUUGGUUCCUCCAGGGGACCCAGCCCUCUAACCAUGGGGGCCCAGGACACCCUCCCUGUUGCAGCAGCAUUUACAGAAACGGUCAACGCCUACUUCAAAGGAGCAGAUCCCAGCAAAUGUAUCGUGAAGAUUACUGGAGAAAUGGUGUUGUCCUUCCCUGCCGGCAUCACCAGACACUUUGCCAACAACCCAUCGCCAGCUGCCCUGACUUUCCGGGUGAUAAAUUUCAGCAGGUUAGAACACGUCCUGCCAAAUCCCCAACUUCUCUGCUGCGAUAAUACCCAAAGUGAUGCCAAUAGCAAGGAAUUCUGGGUAAACAUGCCAAAUUUGAUGACUCACCUAAAGAAAGUGUCUGAACAAAAACCCCAGGCUACAUAUUAUAAUGUGGACAUGCUUAAAUAUCAGGUGUCCGCCCAGGGCAUUCAGUCCACACCUCUGAACCUGGCAGUGAACUGGCGGUGUGAGCCCACCAGCACCGACCUGCGCAUAGAUUACAAAUACAAUACGGAUGCAAUGACAACCGCGGUGGCCCUCAACAAUGUGCAGUUCCUGGUCCCCAUCGACGGAGGAGUAACCAAGCUCCAGGCCGUGCUCCCCCCGGCGGUCUGGAAUGCCGAACAACAAAGAAUAUUGUGGAAAAUUCCCGAUAUUUCUCAGAAGUCAGAAAAUGGAGGUGUGGGUUCUUUAUUGGCAAGAUUUCAGUUAUCUGAAGGCCCAAGCAAACCUUCCCCAUUGGUUGUGCAGUUUACAAGUGAAGGAAGCACCCUUUCCGGCUGUGACAUUGAACUUGUUGGAGCAGGCUAUCGAUUUUCACUCAUCAAAAAAAGGUUUGCUGCAGGAAAAUACUUGGCAGACAACUAAUAAAAUCUUGUGCAAGGAUUCAGAAGAUUCAUAUAAUGGAGAACUGUUGUAUGAGAAACAGGUUUCAAUUUGGGUUUGAUGAAAACAAAUCAAAAUCUGCACUUGGGAUAAACCUGCUGGAAAUGCCCACGACUUUUCAGCAAUGAUUUCCCUCACACAAUACCAUGAUGACCAGUCCUACAGUAUUUACUUCUAGGUGUAAUAUUGUUAUGGUUUUAAAAUGUAAUUAUUGUAUUUGUAAAUUGUACUCAUUCCAGUAAAGCAGUUAGACACUU